AUGUCCAGAAGCUCAACCGGUCGAGAUGAACGAAUCGGCGACUUUGUCAUCGAGCAUGAAAUCGGCAAAGGUUCCUUUGCCGUUGUCCACAAGGGUCACCGCAUCCAGCCUCGUGAGCCCGUCGCCAUCAAGAUCGUGACCCGCAAAAAGCUCACUCCCAAGCUCUUGGACAAUCUCGAAGGCGAGAUCGCCAUUCUCAAGGCAAUCCACCAUCCCAACAUCGUCGAGCUCAAAGAAUGCCUCAAGACAGAGAAUCAGAUCUACCUCGUCAUGGCCUUCUGCGCAUCCGGCGACCUGUCUCAAUACAUCAAGAAAAGUUUCGACAUCUACGAGCGCGCAGGCAUCGCCGAGUCAGGUGCCGUGAGUAGGCAUCAGAAGCCACGGUAUCCGCAUCCUGUCGACGGAGGCCUCAACGAGAUCAUUGUCCGCUCCAUCUUGACUCAGCUCGCCGCAGCGCUCGAGUUCAUGCGCGGACGCGAUAUCGUACAUCGCGACAUCAAGCCGCAGAACCUCCUCCUCCAGCCACCGGAUGCCGCCUUUCUUGCUUUGGGCAACCCGCGUGAGAUCCCGCAGAUGAAGGUCGCCGACUUUGGCUUCGCGCGCCACUUGGGUGUCAACACUCUGGCCGAGACGCUUUGUGGCUCGCCGCUCUACAUGGCUCCUGAGAUCCUUCGCUUCGAGAAGUACGAUGCAAAGGCAGAUCUCUGGUCCGUCGGCGCGGUCCUCUUCGAAAUGACGGUAGGCAAACCACCCUUCAAGGCUGCCAAUCAUGUCGAGCUUCUCAAACGUAUCGAGCGAGGCGAGGAUAAGAUUAAGUUCCCCGAUGAACGAUCCGCAGGCUCUCUGGCUAGAGAAGCUGCGCGCAGGCAAGAGCUGGGCGAGCCGCCACUGCCACCCCCGCAUCCUGUCUCGGAAGAUGUCAAGACGCUCAUCCGCCAGCUGCUUCGCCAGCGUCCCGUCGGCCGCAUGAGCUUCGACGACUUCUUUGCCAGCCCCGUCAUCCGCGAUUUCAAAGCCAUGAUCCGUCCUCAUGCUCAGCCUGAAGCCGUCGAACAGUACGAGGAUCUGCAAAAGAGCGAAAGAAGCGUCAUUCUCCCUUCUUCUGGUAUUAAAGACGCAUCCGUAUCCUCGGUCGAGGCACCUGCGCCCAAGUCAAAUGCACAGACAUCGGCCAACGCAGCGCCGCCUGCGCCAUCACCAGAUCGCGGACCGCAGAAAGGAGCCAACCUUGGCAGGGAGGAAGACAGCUCGAGGGCACUGACAAGAGAGAACACGGAUUCGAGCAGCGCGCCACGCGACACAGUCAAGGCAGCCAGGACCAUCCCGCGCGCCUUCUCGGCCAAGUACGUCACGGGUCAGGCUCCGCGACUCGAGGAGCCGGAGAAGCGUGCAGGACCGCCACCGUUGACACGAGUCCCGAGCUCGCCAGGAAUCCCGGACAAGUCUCUGCUCUCCAACGAACGAGAGGAAGCCCCGCAGGGAUCGACGACCGCAGCUCGUCUCGCCAACUCCAGAGAGGGAGAAGACAGCUUCCUAGGGAAGGAAUACGUGAUGAUCGAGAAACGCAACGUCGAGGUCAACGCGCUGGCCGACGAAUUGGCAGCGUCCCCCCAGAAUAGGAUGUCGUUAGCCGCCCGCAGACCUUCGCGCUUGUCGCGCCUGAGCUCCGGUGCGGUUCCAAGCACCAGCGGUGUGUCGCCACCUGCAGCAGCGUCGGCCGGCCCAAGCUCCAAGCCGAUUCGCAUUGCAACCGACACGGACAGGGCUUCAUCGACGGCUACUUCCACAACGACAGGAGCAUUCGCGCUGCCGCCUGGCGCAAGGCCAUCAUCCGUCCCACGCCGCGCCAGCCUCUCAUCCUCGGGCUCGCCAUCUUCUCGCCAAGGUGGCCAAGUCAUCACGGCGGCGGAUGCUGUUGCGAGCACCCAGUCCUCGCGCAGAGAAGCCAACACCUCAUUGGUGGCUCCAGGAGAGGAAGUCAGCAUGCUCGGGCAGAAGCUGGCCGGCUUUGGCUUGACGGGCGCUGGCAGUGGCGGUCCUUCCAGUGCUCUCGCCAAAGCAAUCAGUAUGGCCUCGCUGCGCCUCUUUGGAGUUCCCUCUGGCGUCUCCUUGAGAGAUGCGGCAGCACUCGUGCGCACGAGAGCCCAGAGGCGUGGUUUCGUACGACCUGCGGACCCUUUGGACGAGGCAGAGAUGAGUCUGCUGAGCACGCUCGAGGAUCUGGGGCAAAAAGCUUUCGUCCUGUCCGAGUUUGCAGACUCGAAGCUUGCCCAUUUCUUCCCUGACGGCCCGCACCAGCUCUCGCAAGACCUCGAUGCAUCAACGGCAACGACCGGCGUCUCGCCCGGAAGGACCAGCGCGCAAGCAUCGGGCCGCCGCGUUGGCUCCAUCUCUUCGUCAUCCUCGUCCGCUCUCGAUCCGCUCGCUGCGGAGUCCGCAUCGGCAGAAGCGCUGAUGCUAUACGUGCGCAGCCUCGCGUUCUUGCAGCGAGCCAUCACGCUCACGCGCAAGCACAUCGAGUCUCGCUCGCGGCCUGGCGCACCGGCUGUGACGAGUGCCGAGCUGAACGACGUGGUGCAAUGGCUACGUGCGCGGUUCAACGAGGUGUACGACAAGGCCGACUUUGCGCGCACGCGAUGCAACGAGUUGCCCGAGUCGGCGCAGCAGGUGGACAAGCUCAUCUUUGACAAGGCGGUCGAGGUGGCUAGGGCGGCUGCGACGGACGAGCUGGAGAACAACCGCGAAGGCAGUGGGUGGGAUGCGUCGCACUGCCUGCUGGCGUACGAGACGGCGAGCUCGAUGCUGUCCUCGCUGCUGGAUCCGGGCGAGGAAGCGCUGAGCCUGAGCGAGGGCAGCAUUUUGAUGAUCGACAAGUACGUCAAGAGCAUCAACAAGCGUCUGUCGACGUUGCAGGAGCAGUUUGGCGGAGGUGGCGGUGGCGGCGCGACCCCGGGUGCGAGCCCAGCCAGCGUAGAUGCUGAAGCUCGGGCUGGUGUGAGUCGGAGCAGGACCGAAUCGCCCUUGUCAAAUGCCUCGCCUGCAGGCACCCCAGCACGAUGA